AGACAAAUGCAGUGGCAAGUUCUUCUAAGAUUCCAAAAGUUAAACAAUCUCGAAAUCCAGGGACAACGAAAUCAGCACUGCGAACGCCGUCUACUAUAGCAACUCCGAAGGUCUCUUCCUCUCCACAUUCGGGGAUUCCACGAUCUGUUCCUUUUUCGAAGUCUGUCUACGAUACCAGUUCAGAACUCGAGCAAGAAUACGAACAGAGAUUCGCGGGCAUACGGUUGGGGAUGACAAAUGAGUCAAUAACGUCAAUUUCCGAGGAUAGCGAGGAAAGCGAGAUUGAGAGAGAAAAGUGGAGGCAACGAAGCAAUACAUGGGACCUCGCUCAGCGAAGCAAGCAGAGGGGCGAGACUGAUCAGAGAAAGCAGAAGUCGGAAGUGCACAGCCGUGGCUCGUCGCGGAAUGGCUCCCGGCACGGACGUCGGACAUCAUCUCGCAACAAAGUGGGCCUCGGGUUCCAGUUGGACGAUGAUGAUCCUCCGCCAGACGUCCCAAUAAAAAAAGAGGCUCGUGUGCCAGAAGAUCGAGGACGAAGCUCUCAAUCUCGAUCCAAUCAUGCGGCGCACCAGCGUGAUCAUCCUUCACAGGCAGGACCAAGUUCACAUGGAGAAUCAGAAUUUCGUGAAAGCCUGCGGAGGAGAGAAGCCCUCAUGGGUCUCGUCAAUGGCAUGCAACUUGACGCAGGGCCGAAAUCCCACCGAACAAGCACUGGUUAUAGUGACAAUGCAUACGGGGCCGAUGCGCAAGGUCUUGCCAUAAGUGGAUCUGGCGAUUUUCCGAACGAGCGGGAAGAGACGGUAGGACAUCGAGGACGGGACGACCGAGAAAGGUAUGAAAGAGACAGAAGAAGCAGCAGGGAUAAUUCGGAAAGGCAGAGAGAUAAAGCUUUCAAGGGAGAAUAUAGGGACUCAUCUCGGGAUCGCGGGGACUUUCAUAUCGUUGAGUCAAACCAACGGAGUCGUAGAUCAUCGUCGGUUCCAUCUGCAGCCCGGAUAUCUCGAAUCGACAGUCCCUUGCUCCUGCGACCGCGCACAGAGAAGUCCGUUCACUUCCAACCUGAAGAACGUCCCACAGAUGAAGUGCGAGCUUCCAAAGAACGCAAAUCUCGUCAUCGGGCCAGUACAAGCGUGGACACGCCCAUGGACGCACGCCGUAUAUCGCGCGGUACUGAGCUGCAAGAAAGAACAUCUAAUGGUGAUCGCGAGCUAAAUCGACCACGAGACACAUUGCCUCUCGGCAGAAUCCAAAAGAAAGGGAGUCCAUUGCGAGAGCGAGAAGCCUUUGGCAUACCACGUUCGCUUUCGUACGGUGCAAAUGACACUGACGGACUUGCUUCGCUUGCCCAAGACGAAUCCUUCUCGAGCGUGAGUGUUUAUGAUCACCAAGGGGACCAUGCCGGUUCCAUUUGCCUGCCACAUACGGAUAGCGACCUGUCAUCUGUGGAUGGAGGAAGCUGGCAACCACGCACAGACGGGAACGGGCUCAGCACAGGCGCGCAAAGCCUGUUCAGAAGUCUCUCGACUAGCACCAAUAACGAUGACGAACCUUCGAGGUGGCAACAACGACGAAGAUCGCAAACAGGGAAACCGACCUUUGACAAACAUGACUUCUCUGUAAAUGCUCACCAACAGCGCAAGGUCGAGCAACGAGGUCCUCCCAUCACAGAGAGUUCUAGUGCACCAUCUAUCUAUGAAGAAGACCCAUUUGACCAUAGCCAUAAUCUCGAAAGUUCACGUCAAACAGCAGGGGAAGGCCUACAGAAUUUACGUUCAGUCAUGCAUCCAGCGACAUAUGAUGCCCUUCUAGCCAAACACGGACCUAUGGAGAUGAGACGGCAAGACACGAUAUUCGAGCUUUCCUCGUCUGAAGCAACGUUUGUGCGACGACUGCGUGUCACUGUGCGGCGUUUCAUUCUUCCCCUGCGGCAGAAAGAUAGCAAGGCCUGGAUCCCCGGUGUUCCAAUGCCCAUUUCGCGAUUGUUUGACUGGCUAGAGGAUAUCGUGAACCUGCAUGUGGGAUUGGGUGAAGUGUUGGUGACUUCCGGUGAUUCAUGGAAAGCGGGCGAUAUCGUCUUCAAGGUUGCUGAGGCUGUCAGGACAUUCGUUCCUCGAUUUGAGGUAUACCAACCAUAUCUGAUGCGGGUGGAUCGUGUCACGGAAAUGCUUGGACAAGCUGUCGUCAACGCAGCUGACGAAUUUGGCGAAUACGUCAGACUGAGGGAGCAAGGUGCCGGGCGGGAUGAAUGGACAUUGGUUGAGCUGCUACAAGAGCCCGUCAAUCGACUUGCUAGCUACCCAGCUAUUUUCCAGAAGCUAUUAGAGUGCACACCAAGAGAUCACAGCGACUACCUCCCAUCGCUGUCUCUGUUGCAUUCUGCUCGGAUGAUUAUGCUUGUAAUGUACGAAGUGAGAGCGAGGGAGCAGGAAUACGACCACGUGAAAGACAUUUCGGCUGAAAUUGCAGGCUUGCCUCCUUCGACACAGUUGGCUCAACGGGAAAGGCGACUCUUAUGGGAAGGAGUGAUGAGCACCUCGAUCGAAAGUAGCCACAAAGACUUGAUGUCUGCGCACCGAACACCACGUCACCGCAGACAUGGUGCCCCUGAUACACACGUAGACUCGUCGGAGCUGACACCCGUCCGAGUCCUGGUCUUCACCGAUAUUCUUCUUCUGGCAAUACCUGAAAGACGGCGAAAGAAGUCGAGCCACAGUCAUGGCAAAGAUCGAUGGCGAGUCCUUGAGAAAGCAGGCGUGGCAAGAAUCCUGAGCAUCGAGGAACGAGCAUCUUCGAAUGAGGAUCCGGUAGUGUCCCUGGACCUUCUACCUCUCGCAACUGACACCCUACAGACAGGCGUCAUCCCAGAGACGACGUCUUCACAUGCUUUCCAGUUAAUCAUGCCCGCUUCGCUGAACGCCGACGAACGGAACAAAGCUCUAAGUGCCUUGCGCAGAUGUCAUGCAUACGCAAUGCGUUCACUAUCGUUCCCUUCACAUUCGGGCAAAUACCUUUCGCACGGACUGCAGGUCGACCUCGAGCAAGACACCCAGCAAUCGGUUAUGUCGAUCCUUUCCACGGGCUUACCAUUACCGAAGAGUCCGUCAGUCCAGCUGACAGAGCUGCAACGAGGUCAGGCACAUGAUUCAAUAGAGCAGGAGAGAGAGGAGAGAGGCUGGUGGUCCCUCAGGUUCCAACAGGUGUUGCGUGAGAUGCAGAGGCAGAACAUCGGCCAAGCCGUGGAGCCAACGCUAUGGGCUUAGGUUCUUUUUCUUUGGUUGUGAUAAUACCGUGCUCGGUCUCUCUGCACAGCUUGGUUAUCUUUAACGUUAUAGCGCCACCCAGCUUACGAUUCACAACAUGUCAAUAAGUUUUAAUCACGUAGUACAACAUCGCCACUCAUCUCUUGCAAUAUCAUAGUUCAAACUCCACCACUUG